AUGCAAUUUUCGACAAAUUGUCAUGUUACGAAUCUGAGUAUUUCUGUCACUCUGGGUCAGCCUAAUAAGACAGCUAGAACUCAAAGUUGUGUAUUCUGUGAUAGACCAGAACAUAAAGCCUACCAGUGUGACAAUUACAAGACCACGCAAGAACGCAUUUCAAGACUUACCGCACAAAAUCGUUGCGUGAAAUGCACGUCGCCUAACCAUAAGACAACAGAUUGUCUUGUAAAGUUCCACAAAUGUCUGUCAUGUAAAACUGGACUGCACCAUUCAGCAUUGUGCCCUGAUUCCUCAACUGAAGUCUCUGCUGUGAACUAUUGUGGAGACAAUGACAGUGACAAAGUCUUAAAGUCACAAACAAGUGGAAUUCUCCCUACUGCCUUAAUGAAAGUGAUGUGUCCGCCCUCAGGCAACACCAAGGAACUUAGAUCACUGUUUGACUCUGGGGCGCAACGCACCUUCAUCACACAAGAGGCAGUGGAAGAGUGUAAACUUGAACGAGACAAUCCUGUCCAACUGAGCAUCAGUGGGUUCUGGGAUACCAAAGAACCUAGAGAAUAUACUGAUCCUAACUUGUCAAGUAGUCAGAUUGACCAGGUGAAACUGCUUGUUGGCAUAGAUCACUACUUUGACUUUAUCCAUUCUCCACAAGCAAAUGGAGUGAACCUGAUUGAGUCCUCCUUAGGAUAUCUGGUCGCUGGUAAACUGCCUAGUAAUGACACCCCUAUCAGUACUCAUUCUGUAACUGUAAUGAGACUAGCAGUUGAUGAGCCUUCCAAAGCUGCUCUAGAGAUACCACUUGAGAUGUCUGAUAGGAAAUUUGCUGAAGACCCCAUCCAACAGCUUUGGACCCUAGAAUUAGUCGGAAUUGUUGAUCAAGAUAUGUCACCUGAGGAUAAAUUUGUACUGGAAGAAUUCAAGAAUUCCAUCAAUAUGGUUGAAGGACGAUAUGAGAUCAUCAAAGAACAACCGUCUCUCGGCUUCAUUGAAACAGUGCCAGAAGAAGACCACAAGUUGACAAAUGUCCAUUAUUCACCCCAUUUACCUGUGAUUAAAGAUUCAACUACGAUGCCCAUUCGUAUUGUGUUUGAUGCAAGUGCCCGGAUGGACAAGCAGGCCCCUAGUCUGAAUGAUUGCUUAUACUCUGGCCCAUCCUUGACUAGUCAUCCAACCGACUUGUUGUUGAAAUUCCGUCUCGACCCAUUUGCCGUAUCGGCAGACAUCAGCAAAGCCUUCUUACGGGUAGGUCUCCAACCUAGAGAUCGUGAUUAUACACAUGUUUCAUCUGGCUAA